UUGUUUAUAAAAUUUUUUUAUCACUUUUGAAUUAAAAAAAAAGGAAUAAGGAAAAUUUUUAAAAAUUAAAUUCAACAAAUUUUGUUAAAUUUUAAAAUUUCAAAGUAAAUUAUAAAAAUAUGGAAGCUACGCAUAAACCAAUUGUUCUUGUAAUUUCUGAAACAACAAAAACAACACCUAUUAGCAUAAUUAACAAAAUACGUAAAUCAGAUGAAAAUGAAAAUGUUUCAGAAGUUGAAAACAAAUCUGGAUCACCGCUUAAAGGAUAUAGUCAUGGUAUUAAAAAUAAAUAUUAUGAAACACAAAUACUGCUUAUGCCAUUCGACGAUGAUUUAGUUUUGUUACCUUCAGACAUUCUGCCUCAAAUCGAAGGAAUUUUAAUAUAUUUUGAUCCUAAAGUUAGAACUUUUUCAACAAAAAUACAAACAUAUGCUGAUUUUCUUGAGUCAAAUGGAAUUGAACUUGGUAUUUUACUAUGUGAUUUAUUGUAUGACAAUAUUGCAGAAGGAUUAACAUACAAAGAAGUACGAGAGAAAUGUACAGCAUUGGAUGUUAUUGAAUUAGCUCGCACAAAUGAAGAGAAUGAGGAUAAUCAUUUAAAUCCUUGUGGAUAUGAUGAACUUCAUCAAGUUUUAAGAAAUGUUAUAUGGUCAAAUGUCAGUAUGACAGGAGCUUCAGCAACCAGUAGUAUUGCAGCAAGUCGUGUUAAUUCAGGUCCUUUGAAUCCAACAAAUCCCACGGAUCGUACUAUGGAAAAUGAAUUGGAAAUGUUUGAAAAACUUUUAAGUGAAGUUCUUAUGUUCAAAGAUACAACUUCCGGUUUAUCACGUAAUGAACGUCUAUUGUAUGCUGAACAAAUAGCUGGUAAAUUUGAUAAACUUCUUGAAGAUGAUUCUAGUGAUGCCGAAAAAUAAAUUAAAUUUUACAUUAUGUUAGUAAGCACACAAUGAAAAUAAAUUAAAAGACAUAAAGUUUUAUUAUUUAUAAGAAUAUUGGAAACAAAAUAAAAUAUUUAUAUUAUUUUAGGAAUAAACCUUUAAAAGUUUUCGAAAAUAAUUGUUAAAAAAAAACUAUAAUUAUUAGAUGUUUCAUAAUUAUA